AUGUUGAUGGGGUUGUUACAAUUGGUGGUUGAAACUGUUCAAUCACAUUUAGUGCUAUUUCAAAUUAGUAUAGUUGUCGUUUUAGCAAUUUAUUAUUAUGUGCUUGUCCCAUUUAUAUUGUCUCCACUUCGUGCUAUACCUGGGCCAUAUUUCCAUAGAGUAAGUUAUAUUCCCUGGCUAAAUGGACAACGAAACGGUACUUGGAUCCAAAAAGUGUAUGAUCUUCAUCAACAAUAUGGUAAUAUCUUGAUAUUGUCACCCACUGAAAUUAGUGUGAAUGGACAUUGCAAAUUCAUCACUGAUAUUUAUACAAAAAAUUUCCCUAAAUCUAAAUUUUAUGAAAACUUUAGAAAUCAUGGUUUUAAAGAUAAUAUAUUUGCAAGUUUAGAAAACAAUCGCCAUUUAAAAUAUAAGAAGCUUAUUAUGGCGUUAUAUAAAAAGCUGGCAAUUUUCUCGCCAUUGAACAAUACUCGCUCGAUACUUAUCGAUGCCCUGCGAGAUCUAGUGCAAGCUGUAUUUAAAGGUUCAGUUGAAGGAUCUGAACCAGAUUUAUGGAACGCAAGAGCUGAAUUAAAUAUUCAUGGUAAGGGAAAAGUAGAUCCAAAUUGGUUUAACAAAUCGGGGUGGUCCAACAACCUUGCAAUCGAUGUUUAUACUCUCUUUGGUGCAUUGGCCAUGGAUGUAGUUACCAGAUUUGAAUUGGGUAAAGACAGUGGAACUUCCCUUCUUCAAUUUACUCAACUGAGAAAAUUGAUAGCAUAUCACUGUCAAGUAUCAAGCAUGGGAUUUUGGACUACGCUUGCACCCAAAUUUUGGAAUUGGGUUGCUUCAAAAGAGAUUUUGAAAGCAGCAGAUGAGAUUCUUAAAUUUCAAUUAAAUCUAUAUAAGCAUGCUGAAUUAAAUCCCGAUUCUAAUGGAAAGAACUUAACUACUUUGGGAACUUUAAAACAGAAUGGUAUUACUGGUGAAUAUGCAUAUUCUUUCCUUACGGAUAAUAUAUUUGCUGGACAUGAAACUACUGCAACCCAAUUGACAUAUUUAUUUUACGAAUUGUCACGACCAGUAAAUUUCCCGUUACAACAACAAUUAAGAAAAGAGCUUGCAGAAACAUUUGGUCGACCCCUGUCUAUUAACGACGUUAUCGAUGAUUUAGAAACAGUUGAUUCUCUUCCAUAUUUGAAUGCUGUAUUGGAUGAAAAUUCUCGGGUUCAUACAUCUAUCCCAGGUGCGGAACCAAGAGUAGUGGAUAGAAAUUAUAUAGUAGAAUUGUCGACUGGAAAGCUAGUUGAAAUUCCUAUAGGAACAACAAUAUCAUGUCUUCCCUAUGCUAUCCAUCGUCAAGAAAAUGUGUUUCCAGAUUCGAAUAGGUUCAUUCCUGAACGUUGGCUCGCCUAUCCCGAAGAAUGUGAAAAAGACUACCAAGCAAGAAUCAAGUUACAAAAAAAGUAUAUGAUGCCAUUUGGUAAAGGAAUUCGAAUGUGUCUUGGUAUGAAUUUGGCAUUAAUUGAAAUGAAAUUAGCCAUUGCUAAUUUAUACUGGCACUACUCUACUAAAAUUGAUCCUGAUUGGUGUGCAAUUACGAAAUAUAACACAAACCAGGCAUCGGCGGAAAUAAAAAUUGGCCGAGCCCCAGCGCGUGGUGGUGCGCACCACGACCACCACCACCACCACCACGGUGGGAACGUUCCAAACACCGACGAAGAUAAAAUGAUAAUGUAUGAUGCAUACACUUCCAGGCCAUUGUAUGAUGAGUGUUGGUUGAGGUGGUACAGAGAUGAUUAUAGUUUAACUUAA